UCCAAGCUAUGACAGUUUGGAGUUUUACUUUAACCUCACAUCGGUUGCACAAUUUUAAACUGUUUUCGUACAAUGACGAUAACGAAAUGAGAUAAUGAAGACAUAAUGUAACUACAAACAAAAAUGAGUGCAAUAACCAAAACCUCGGUGGACCAAGAGGUGAGCCUUUUCAGUCAAAUCAAGUACCAACACCUGGUGGCUGGAAUGUCUGGAGGGGUAACUUCGACCAUCAUUCUGCAUCCCCUCGAUGUGAUCAAAAUCAGAUUCGCCGUCAACGACGGAAGACUCCAAUCUACGCCGAAAUAUAACGGUAUAGCCAACGCUUUCGCGACAAUAUACCGUCAGGAAGGCUUCAAGGGUUUGUACAGGGGAGUGACUCCAAACGUUUGGGGAGCAGGAUCCUCGUGGGGCCUUUACUUCUUAUUCUACAACACCUUGAAAACGUGGCGGCAGGACGGAGACAGUGACAAGCAGUUGGGGGCCGGUGCGCAUCUUCUGACAGCGUCAGGAGCAGGUUUGAUUACACUCCUCAUCACAAACCCAAUCUGGGUAGUGAAGACGCGGCUGUGCCUGCAGUUCAGUGGCCCCGUUCAGCUCUAUGACGGUAUGGUAGACUGUCUAGUGAAAAUUUACAAACUGGAUGGAGUUCGGGGUUACUACAAGGGACUUGUACCAGGGAUUUUCGGAGUCUCUCAUGGAGCUAUUCAGUUCAUGGUCUAUGAAGAGCUGAAGAAGCUCUACAGCUCUUACUAUAACCAACCAUUGAGUUCGAAAUUGGGCACUGUUGAGUACCUGACCUUUGCAGCUACUUCGAAGUUGGUGGCGGCAGCAAUGACAUAUCCCUAUCAAGUGGUAAGGGCAAGACUGCAGAAUCAGCAUUACUCGUAUGAUGGAGCCUGGCACUGCGUUAACCAGACGGCGAGGUACGAGGGAUGGAGGGGGUUCUACAAGGGCUUGGGCACGAAUUUGAUCAGAGUUACUCCUGCGACAAUGAUAACCUUCGUAACUUAUGAGAACAUUUCUCAUGCUUUGCUCCAAUACAAAUGAUUUUGUAGGAGCUGGGUUAGCAACUGACAUUUUGAUUUUUGUUGAUUUCUCAAAAGUUGAUCAUAUUGAAGUAGCACCUUUCUUGUUGUUGUAUGCUGAUAAGAGAAGUUCCUUUGAUUGUUACUGGAGCUCUGGGUUAGUUUUUCCUGUUGAAAAGAGUAUGGCGCUUGUGUAACAAAAUCUUUCAUUACUUUUUUGUUCCACUGAAAUUGAAUACUGUGGUAAAAUAUCAAGAAAGAUAAUUGAGUUUUCAGAAAAUCUUCAACAUUGUUUUAUUUAUAUUGAUUGUGAUUCAGAAGUGCUCGAAAAAUAUUUAUUCAUUGAUUGUCUAUAAUUUUUUACAGAAUAAUUUGUUCCAAGUAACACCUUUUUGUAACUCAAACUAGUCAUUCCAAAUAAAACUAUUAUUAUAUA